AUGAUUUGGACAACAGUCUUUAUUCUGGGACUUAUAACAGUCAUCUGGCGUUUAUGGCGAUAUAAAAACAAACACCUUCUGGACAUAGCCAGGAAAAUACCUGGUCCGCCAGCACUUCCUGGCCUUGGUAAUGCUCUGCUGUUCAUGUGCCAGCCUGAAGAGUUUGUUCGUGUAAUCGGAGACCUAAUAAGGGUGUACGGUGACGUUUUGGGAGUAUGGCUUGGGCCAAACUACAACAUCGUACUUACCAAUCCUGAUGAUCUAAAGAUAUUGCUUUCGAAUCCAAAGACGAGUUUCAAAGGUCCUCAAUAUCAAUUCAUGGCAGAAAUAAUUGGAAGCGGCAUCUUGAGUGGAUCAGGUCCAACAUGGCGAAAACAUAGAAAAAUUGCAACACCGAAUUACGGAAAAAAGGCCAUUGAAAGCUACAGCAACAUAUUCAAUAAUGAGGUCGACUUAUUGUUGCAAAGAUAUAGAAAGAAAACUGGACAAAUUUUUGAUAUAUACGAGGACAUUGUACAAACAACCAGUUAUUGUGUCUGUCGCACACUGAUGGGACUGACAAAGGAAGAAACUAUGAAUCUCCCUCACUUACAAGACAUUAUUGCCGAAACUCCGAAAAUCUACGAUCUCGUGUUCGACAGAAUAACAAAAUGGUACCUGCAAGUAUAUGCUGUCUUUCGCCUGUCAAAAAACUAUGGUACACAAAAGAACUUUACAACCAAAAUUAAAAUCUUUAGCAAAACAGUACUACAGCACAGACAAGAGCAUAUGAAAACUUUGGAAGUGGAAAACAAAAUUGAUUUAAUGACCUCCGAAGACGACAACGUGAAAAACACUCAGCUCAGUGUUAUUGACCGAUUUAUUUUGUCCAAAGAACUGGACGGCGAAGAACUUCUGAAUGAGACUUUCACUAUAUUUACAUCAAGUCAAGAGGCAUCGGCGAAAAUAACAUCGUUCUUAUUGCUGAUGAUGGCUUUUCAUCCAGAUUGUCAGGACAAACUUUACUAUGAAAUUAAAACAGUAAUCGGGGACGAAGAUCGCCCAGUUACAAACGAAGACUUGAAGCAAAUGCCUUACUUGGACAUGGCGUUCAAAGAAGUUCUACGGCUGUUUCCGAUUGGGGCCAUGUUACAGAGGAGCAUACACGAGGAUAUGGCUUUAAGUACGAGCAUCCUUCCAGGCGGCAGCUCUGUAGUGAUACCAAUAUAUCACCUGCAUCGCGAUCCUCGCUUCUGGGACAACCCAGACGAUUUUGACCCUGAGAGGUUCAACCCUGAAAAUAUAAAUAAACGUCAUCCUUACUGCUAUAUCCCUUUUAGUUUGGGAUCUAUGGAUUGUUUAGGUCGCUACUUUGGUACCAAACUUAUAAAAACGAUAUGUGUUCGAGUAUUGCGGGAGUUCAAGAUCACCACCAUGCAAAGCUACGAAGAUCUCAAGGUGGCUAUUGCCAUAUCCACAGUUGCAAUCGACGGGUAUCCCGCUAAGUUGACACGUAGGAUUUAG